AUGUCCCAGCAGCCAUUGUGUGGCUCUUUGAACUGGGCAAUCGUUCUGACAUUCGUGGAUAGUGUAGAGUGGAUCUUUCGCUGCCCUCAGAUGAAUAACGGUAUAUCUAUUCACACCGCGUUGGAAUUGCUCGAGAGUGAGGUUGCGACCAUGAAGUACAUCAAGUGA